UUUUGACACUUGCCCUCUUACAGUCCGACAACGCGAAACGAUUUUAGUAAAACGAGUCGAUAAUUUGUUAAAAUUUCGAAAUUUGUUGAAAACCGGCAAAAUGAACGGGCCUUUGAAGAUGUAUCGUACGAAACAGGUCGUCCGUCACGACAUUACAGUGCAACUUCCUGACUGUAUGUACAAAUUGAAAAAUAUCCACGCUGCAAGAAAUGGUAUGGUUGAACAACGAACAGAUCACAUUUCAUCGGCUCCGAAAAAAGUGGAUAUUUGCGACCAGGUUAAACAGUUUUUAAAGAAUAAUCAAAAUUUACCCGAGAUGGCUGCGUUGGAGCUAAGACAAGAGGAAAUCCUCCGGCAACUGGCUGAUUUGAAGAAACAAAUGGACAGUAUCAGGAACAAUUUAAAAAUAUCCAAAAAUGUGACCGUUACAAGCCAAAUCAUCAAACCCAAUCAAGGACCUCCCCUAAGUCUACCUGAUGUCAUAAUCAACGCGAGUCCAACCAACCCGCCUUAUUCACUAGAACUCAUCCAGAAAUUGUGGAAAAACUACAUGUUCUUAUCAGUAGAAAGUUACAUCCAUUCUAGUUUAAGUUCCUUGACUGAAAAUGCCCAACAGUUGACCAACACCUUGGAAAAAUUCAAACCAGGAAAUGUCCCAAAAAUUAACGUGAAGCUCAUUUGGAAAGAUGUUGGAGCUAAUCCUGAGCUGGUGAUCUCACACGCGCGCAUUUUGGGUGAAGUUAACAUUUUAAGAUACUUGGCUAGAGUUACUUCAGAUUCUUUAAAUUAUGAGACUUGUAAUAACGUUCACGAAAUUGAUGCUCUACUUGAUGUUUGUUAUAACAUUGUCAAGUCUAAAACUAAAACUGAAAGAGCGAGUUUGUUGCAAAUUUUGAACAAGUCGUUAGGGAAAAGUCAGUGGUUGGGUGAUAGGAGUCAAAUCAGUAUUGCCGACGUAGCUGCCUACUCAGCCAUCAAACAGGCUACAAUUCCUAGUGAAGUAAAUGUUAAUUUAGGGAAGUGGCUGCAAAAGUGUGUUGCUGCUUGUUAAUUUAAUAAAAUGUUAAAUAAAAACAAGUUUUUAAAUUA